AAUCAAGAAGGUUUGGUUCAUUAGUGCUGGGAUCCAGUGUGACGGGACAUGUAAGACAGACCCAGUAACACAGUGGUCAGGGAAGAACCUUCCAAUUCCACAUCAGUGCUCACGACUUUCGCAUCCAUUUUACCGGAGCUGCUCUAGUUUCUAGACUUGGACAGAAGGACAACUGUAAAUCUACACAGAAGUAUCAAUGUUGCUCUUUUGAAGGAUAUCAUCGCUGAGCUGCAAUCCGGUAAUCGUAAACGGGGGUGACAUUGACCUACCAAUCUUCUACAACUACUGUGAACCAGCAUUCUGUCGAUCAGUUGUAAGAGUGGUUCACGGACUUACGCCAGUUAUAGGCGCUGUUAUUUCAGAAUAUUAUACUUUCAUCUUGCUUUUUGGAUGCACCGAUGAGAGAUCCAGUUUUCACAGCGAACGCCAUGGCUUAUCACCCCUUUCACUCGCACAGGCCGGCAGACUUCCCUAUGUCAGCUUUCCUUGCUGCGGCUCAACCCUCGUUUUUCCCAGCGCUCACUUUACCGCCGGGUCUCAGUAAACCGCUGGCGGAUCAUGCGCUCUCAGGCGCGGCUGAGGCUGGACUACACGCGGCGCUGGGUCAUCACCAUCAGGCUGCUCAUCUCCGCUCUUUUAAGAGUCUAGAGCCAGAAGAGGACGUUGAAGACGAUCCUAAAGUUACAUUAGAAGCUAAGGAGCUUUGGGAUCAGUUCCAUAAAAUCGGAACCGAAAUGGUCAUCACUAAAUCUGGAAGGAGAAUGUUUCCUCCUUUUAAAGUGCGCGUGAACGGCCUGGACAAAAAAGCCAAGUAUAUACUUUUGAUGGAUAUUGUCGCGGCAGAUGACUGUCGGUACAAAUUUCACAACUCUCGAUGGAUGGUCGCAGGAAAGGCCGAUCCGGAGAUGCCCAAACGAAUGUACAUUCACCCGGAUAGCCCGGCCACGGGUGAACAGUGGAUGGCAAAGCCUGUUGCAUUCAAUAAACUGAAACUGACCAACAAUAUAUCGGAUAAACAUGGAUUUACCAUUCUAAACUCAAUGCACAAGUAUCAGCCCAGGUUUCAUAUCGUUAGAGCCAACGAUAUUCUGAAACUCCCAUAUAGCACUUUCAGGACGUAUGUUUUCCCUGAGACGGAUUUUAUUGCUGUCACUGCAUAUCAAAAUGACAAGAUCACACAACUAAAAAUCGACCAUAAUCCAUUCGCAAAAGGAUUUAGGGACACGGGGAAUGGAAGAAGAGAAAAAAGAUUGGUUUUCAGAAAACAGUUAGCUCUGCCGUCGAUGCGCUUGUAUGAUGAUCAAUGCAAAGCCGAUAGAGAUGGAGAAGAUUCGGACGACUCAUCCUGUGAACAAACUGCUGGGAGGGGCUCAGUCCACUCACCGACUGGACCAGUAUCAAGUCCACAUAAGUUCAACAGAUCCAGAGAUGACAAAAACUGCAAUGAAAGUGACCACGACGAACUUGACCAACAUGAUGACAGGUCAAUCAGAGUUAGUAGUCCAAGCCAGGGACCACCAUCACCAUUCAGCCCCCGUUGUGAGGACAGAGUCAAGGACAGAUCUAACCUGGAAAAGAAAGGGGACUUUUCAGAUUCAAGGAAAGAGAAUGACUCUGUCUUCAGUAUCCCAAACCUGGAAAAGGACAAGCUGGACAGCAAGGAUUUGAAAGAAUCAGAUACCUCCAAAAAGGAUGGAGACUGUGUAGGCCUAAGCACAGUCAAAGAUGGCUUUUCCCCUCUGAUGGUUCAAACAGAGAGCCCAUCGCAUUUUAGUACAGGUCACUUGCAAAGUCUAGCCUUCUCUGGUUUACAGAAUCAACAUUUCUUUAACCCACUGAGUACAGGACAACCCAUAUUAUUUCACCCUGGGCAGUUUGCUAUGGCUCCUAGUGCUUUCUCAACCAUGGGCAUGGGACACUUGUUAGCCUCAAUGUCUGGAGCAAGUGGACUAGAGAAUGGCGGCCUCUCAUCUCAGACUACCAGUUCACCAACUCCUUUCCCAUUCCACUUAUCACAACAUAUGCUUGCAUCUCAGGGUAUCUCCAUGCAACCAUUCGGGGGACUGCUACCAUACCCGUACACAUACAUGGCGGCGGCGGCGGCUGCAGCAGCAGCUUCUGCUCUCCCGGCCGCGUCCUCCCUCAGCAGGAACCCCUUUCUCAACUGCACGAGGCCACGAUUGCGAUUCAGCCCCUAUCAGAUACCGGUGUCUAUUCCCCAGGGCUCCGGUCUGCUUACAACCGGCUUAACAAGCACACUGAAUGCGGAGUCAGAGUCAUCGAAAUCAGGCAGCAGGGAGAGCAGUCCCAUAUCUGAGCACCAAAGCCAUAAAACCGGCAGCAGCCAAAAUACGGGAUCUACAAAAUCUUCAGUGAAGGAUUCUGUUAACGAACUGCAGAAUAUACAGAGACUGGUCAGUGGAUUGGAAAAACAAAGGGAAAUGUCCCCCGGAAGCGAUUCACCAAAGUGACCCCAUGAUGUUAUAUAACACACCUGUUGACUCUUUCUAAUUACAUAAUUUUGCUUAAAAAUGUUAUGAAGUGAUGGCUCGGACAUUGCGACAUCGCUUAUCAAGUAGGCCUAAAAUAUCACGGGCCCCAUACCUGGAUUUCAAGGAAAAAUGCAUGUUACCCUUUUUUCACCCGGAUCUGGUACAAGGCAUGCUGGCGGCGAAUGACAGACAAAUGUGAGGACCUAAUUUAAAUUUAGAAAAAAAAUAAAGGCGCAGUAUUUCAUCUAUGGACUGUUCGUUAUUCGACCCGGGUUAUCAUGUAGCUAGGCGUUCAUCCAAAACCCUUUGGGACCAAAAUUGUCGUUGUAUAUUUCUGAAAAACGACUGUUAACAGUCUCUAACAACAUCUGAGUUUGGCCGACGAUUAAGUUUCUUGUGUCUGGGACCUGUUGUUUUUUUUUUAUUUUUUUUUUAUUAUUAUUAUUUAUAAUAAUAAAUGUAAAAGACGUGUGUAAAUAAGGAGAAUGCAUUGAAGGAGACGGAUUUUAAUUUAUUCAAAACUGUAUAUUGAUGUGUAAAUACUAUUAGGUCUCAAUUUGUUACAUUUCUAUAUUUUUCCCAUUUACAACUAUGAGCAUAGGAACAUUAUCUAGCGCUUGAGAGCAGGAUACGGAAUGUGUUUGGAUGUUUGCGAUAUCCUGCCAAAUCUACAUGAAGGAGAAGCAACUACAAAUCAAAUACAUUUCAAGGCUAUUUCACUUCUUAAUUUGAACACAGCGGUUGUCCAUAGGCAGGGAAAACUCAGGUUUCUUUCUAAUCUUGCAUUGAGAAGGUCAUUGUGUAGUUUCUUUUAUGAGAUCUAUUUAAACACAUCGGUGCUGGAUUUUCGGGUAAAUGGACGAUUUUGUUGCAUUCUCUAAAUUUCAAUAAAACGAAA